AUGACCUGUGUGGCAAUUUGUGCCACAAAGCCAAAGGACUGGUCUCCAUUUCAGAAGAGUCACUCCUUGUCAGAAGUCCACAUUGAGCAGUACUUUGGACAGCUCCGCAGUCAGUAUAAUGACAGUGAUCUCACACCAAGAGGCUACUUCAAUGCGGCUGCAAGGGUGGCAAGGAAGACAGCCAAGAAGCGGGUGAAGGAGCCAAAUGACCUGGUCGAGGAAGAGCCCCUGUCGCCCGAUCAGCUUCGAUCCUGUGCAAGAAAUGCUUUGGCGGCCGCUUUGCACUUGGUGUCUGAGUGCAGUGGUGUGCCGAAGGAGCAACUUGAGAAGUCAUACCGGUGUGAAAGCAUUGGGGAGUUCUUUGAGGUUGCUGAUGAUGAAGCAGAUGACCUCCUAGAGGAUGCCAUUCCAGACUCGGUGCAGGCGAUCCAAGAUGGACAUGAAAAAGGCCAUGAAAUUGAGACGGUCUUGAAUGAAAUCACAUCUGUUGCCACUCAAGAGUUUGCACAAUGUGAUCCAGAUGACCCAGAGGAGCUUCUCCGAGAGAAUGCAGAUGGCAUCUCAAGACCUCAAGACACUGAUGCAAGGACUAUGGAGCACCAGCUGAAGGAGAUGCGGCUGCAAGAAGAAGAUGGUGAAGGAAUGCUGGCGGGGCAGAAGGGCAGCCGGGCCUCCAAGUGGAUUGUGCGAUCAUUGAAGGCCAAGAAGGAUGGGUCCGACGAGACAGAUAAGAUGGGAAACGUGAUCGUUCUGAACAUGGGACCAGAUCAAGUGCCUACAGUGGCGCUGGUAAUGACGGUGUUUCCUGUUGCGAAAAAGCCACGACCCUGCGCUCAGCCUGUGCCGCUCUCCCACAUCAAAAGCUUCCGGGCCGUCCAACUCAAGGGAAAGGAGGAGAAUGGCAAGAUCGUCUUUGAACCUACCUCGAAUUCUUGGAUAUUUUCGUCUUCACAUGUCCUAGCUAUUUUGGACAUUGAUGCUUCGCUGUCGGAUGUGGCCUCUGGAAGGUUGACUCUGACUCCAGAGUCCCUGGAUGUUUUUGCCGAAGUGCAAUCCGAGAACAAGCCAGAAGUGGAACCUUCUUCUCCAAAGCGACGGCGGAAGACUUCAUCCAAGAUCAAUUUCAGCAAGGUCUUCAAAGGCUUCCAUCGCGCAGCAAAGACUCUCAUGAAGAAGGCUGAGAAGGAAUCGAGUGCUCAGCCAGAGUCCAUCAAGCCGCAAGAUAUCAGGAGAUCGGAAGCAGGCCGAAAGAAGAUCAAAAGCAUCCUCGUCAAAAUGGCCAGUUUGGACCAGCUUCACUUUGCAAACCCGGCCUUUGAUGCAAAGACGCAGAUGUGCAAAAUCAAGACGAUCAGUGAACAGUACUCCUUUGCGGACUUUGUGAACCAAGCUCCAGCGUACUACCAAUUCAAAUUCUUUGACAAAAGAAAAGGUGACAGCUAUGGUGCAGCGGUUUGCGCAGAGUUGGGGAGCGCUUUGGAUGAGAUGAGAAAUGGAAAGCCCAGCCGCACAAAAUGGUUGGCUCUCAUCAGUGAUGUUCGCUCUGCAAAGAUUGACAAUGAGAUUGCGAU